CCCCGCGCACAGCUUCUGCUCCGGCGGGACCCAGGCUGGACCGCGGGCCCCGGCCUGGGGGCCAUAGCUGCCACCGCCGCCACCUCGUCUCCUCCCCGUCCCCGCCCCGCCCCGCGUCUCCUCGCCUCACUCGGGCCCGCGGCCGGGGUCCGUCCCCGCCGCCCCACCCCGCGCGGAUGCCGAAGGUGAAGGCGCUGCAGUGCGCUCUGGCGCUGGAGAUCCGCUCCGUAACUUGUCCAGGAGUGGUGCUGAAAGACAAGGAGGACAUCUAUCUUAGCAUCUGUGUGUUUGGCCAAUACAAAAAGACACAAUGUGUCCCAGCCAAUUUUCCACUGGUCUUCAAUGCCAGAAUGGUGUUUGAAAAGGUGUUCCCUGAAGCAGUAGACCCUGGAGAUGUGGUUGCACAGCUUGAAUAUGAUACUGCAUUGUUUGAGUUGAUUCAACUAGUUCCACCAGUGGGUGAAACACUGUCUACAUAUGAUGAAAAUACACGAGAUUUCAUGUUCCCGGGUCCAAACCAAAUUUCUGGACACCAUGAUUCAAACCGCCAGGUUACCAUGAGGAAGAUUUCUGGCCUUCGAGGAAUUGCUCCAAAGCUGGAAUUUUCUACGACCUCAGUGAUAACUGAAUGUCUGAUAAGCUCGAGGAAGUGCCGCACUCAGGAUAAAUUUAUUUACCAUACGGCUCCAGUUGAAAAAUCACACGGCAGACUGCAAAGCAGAACAUCAAGAUCACAGAAGAAAAAAUCCAAGUCACCUGAGAGAAAUAAAUAUUGCAUAAAUGCAAAAAACUACGAACAGCCUACAAUUUCUUCAAAAUCACACUCUCCAUCUCCCUACACAAAAAGACGCAUGUGUGAGCUAUCUGAAGACACCAGGCGGCGGCUGGCCCAUUUAAAUCUGGGACCCUAUGAAUUCAAAAAAGAAACAGAUAAACCUCCAUUUGUGAUUAGACAUGUCGACCCUCCAAGUCCCAGGGCCGAUGCUUUAUUUGGUUCUUCGGGCAGAGACUGUGAAAGAGAUGGAUGGUCCAGGAUGCACAAUGAUCAUUCUCAUCUUGGUUGCUACCGACCCAAGGAUUAUAAGGUUAUCAGGACACCCCAUGGGAGAGACUACGAUGACUCCUUGGAAAGGUGUGAUGAGUAUUUAAGCUCAAGGUCAUGUAGCAAGCCCCAGAAUUCAGCAAGGACCCUACUAGUCCAUUCAGCACCCUCAACAAUGCCGAAGCAUUCUCCAAGUCCUGUGCUUAAUCGAGCUUCUCUCAGGGAAAGAUUCCAUUCUGAUUGGUGUUCACCUUCAAACUGUGAUGAGAUCCAUGACCGGGUAAAAAAUGUCUUGAAAUCACAUCAGGCUCAUCAAAGACGUUUAUAUGAUGAGAGAGACCCAGAGAAAGAAGAUGAACUGGAGCUGAAAAGAGGUCUUUUAUACAGAGACUCUGCCUAUGACAGUGACCCAGAGUAUAGCUCAUUUCAGCGGCCACAUGACACUCUCCAUUUGGAUGAUGGUGAAUACUGGUCCAACAGGGCAGCGUCUUAUAAAGGAAAAUCCCACCGACCCCUCUUUGAGAACAGCAUGGACAAGAUAUACAGGAACUUAUACAAAAAGGCCUGUAGUUCUGUUUCUCACACCCAGGAAAGCUUCUGAGACCAUCCAUGAUAAACUAUAUGGGUGUCUGUGUCAACUUCUCAAUGAAAACGUUUGAUGUGAUCAAUAUCUGUAUUCUUUUUUUUUUUUUAAGGUGGUUCUGAGUACAGUAGUUAGAUGUGAGUAAGUUCAUUACUUCAGUUGGUAAAUGAUUGUAGGCAAUCCUUUUCUUCAUCAUAGAAGAGAGUGCUGUGUCCCAAAAGUCAAAGCUCCACACUGCAUCACAACUUCCAGUCUGGUUAUGAGAAAAGGCUGUUUUGCCCCGUAACCUCCUGUCUCCACCCACACAUCCAAGAAUAGAUUCUCUCUGGAAAUGCUCUCCUGCCUUAAUCACCUUAUGAUUUUAUUUUCAUCUGUUUGAUUAGUUAUCUUGUCUAAGAUUAAUAUUAACUCCCUUUUCUUGAUAAUGACCAAAAUGAUAUACUGUAUAGAAGUGAAAUGAAUUUCCUGAGUUUAAACAUCAUUUUAACUAGUAUUUUUUAUUUACUUCUCCCUGCAGAAAAUUUAUACUUCUUAGCUAAUAAGAAAUAACUUUAUUUUUAAAGUUUAUACAAUCAUUCACUUCCUCUUCUCUAAAACAAGUACCUAAGUUACCUACAAUAUAUAACAGUUAGCUAGAAAUAGCAGUGGCCAUGUGUGACCCAAAGUGUGAAUAACUGAUUUUUAAAGAUAGAAUUCUUUGCAUGAUUUUCACUUAAGGCCAUAUCUUGUGGUGCAACCAGAAUCAGAAGAUAGCUUUUGUUAGUAAGCAAGUAGAGACUCAGAAAAAAUAAAGGGAUUUUGUUGUAAUUUUAAACUCUUUAGAGUUGUCAUAGGUACCAAAUGGCCCAAGAAAGUAGUAUCCUUAGUUAGAGCACACUUGGGACCAUAAAUAGGAUUAAAACAUUAUACAGAGUACUUUGUACUGGCAAGUCUGGUAGUUGAUAAAAUUAUCCCCCAUAGACACACCUAUGAGACCAGUGAAUCUUUGAAGAUAUGAAGAAAUUGGUCACCUCAUAUUUGCCAGAGUCAGUGGAGGGAAAGCAGAGGAUAGGAAAUAAGUGAACUUGGCUUACAGGCUUGGAGAGUGGACUACGAGGUACUGUUUUCUCAUUGGCUGCACCUUUGGUUCAUUCUAUAGUUACGAUUAAAAAAAAUUAACAUGUGAAAUUGGGUGACUUGCUUUUGUAUUAGGAGAAAAUAUAUAAUACUUGCUAUCUAAUAAUGGGAUAUUUAAACUUCAUGUUAAGAGUGUUCUGGUAUAGCAACCUGUGAUGUAGGAAAGUGUAUCAGAGAAAGGGGCCAGGCAGUCUAGGCUUUAGCUCCAUCCUGCCGUUCUGUAGCUGAGUCUCUUCAAUUCUCUGUCCCUAGUUUCGUCAGCCUAUCAAAUGAGAAUGGAGUGGAUCAGCUUUUCCUGAACUGUGUUCUGUGCACUUGUUCUAAGAGAUGGAUAUAGGAAUGUAGAUACAGGUAUUUCCUUGGUCAUAUAAGUUGAAGAAAAUCUUUGCACUGUAUUCACACUCUCCGACUGAGAGAACCAUAGGUAGGAUGGCAGAAAUGAAAGACAGUGCUAUUGAUGCUGAAACAUCAAUCCACAGCAGUUCUAAACUGGAGCUGUCCGAGCAAACUAGUUUGUAUGGUCGAUAUAGUCAACACUAGCAUGUUAGAAGCUCUGAGAAAUCCUGGCAUAAGCCUGUUUAUGCGGGCCCAGAAUUUCCUAAAUUAAAUUGAGUGUGUAGCAGUGUCUGUCAUUAUGGCCAUCUUUCUCCUCCAAUUCUGCGUCCUUAGCUCCCCACACUCCCUUUCAAAAGUGCCAUCCUCAGCCUACAUGUGGACGCCAGUUGGGGAAAUGGCACACUACACAAUCACUGAGUUAACCCUCUGGCUGUAAGUUGUAUGAUGAUGUUUUGUACAAUGAGCUUUUGAAGGUCAACACUGAAUAAUGCAUUAAAAAU